AUUGGAAUUUUAGUAGUUUUGUAAACUAUAUUUGUUUAAAUCGGUUACACGCUGACAACUAUAAAUUAUAAUAGCAGUGAAGUGAAUGAAAUUGAUAAGCUUAUCUUUUCGGAAGCGCAGCAACAAUAAGCGCGUUCCACCAAAAUCAAUUGAAGUUCUGCCCGUUGAAAUAGUUACUUUUUUGACUGCGUGGCUACAAGUUGUGGGCGUGUUCGAAUUUUGGCCCAAUCAUGUCCAAGUACUUAUCUGUCCUACUGCUGUCCGCGGCACUCGUUGGAGCUGCCAAGCCGGAAGAUAAUGAAUCGUGCUAUUCCUUCGCCGGCGGCUCCGUUUAUCCCGACCAGCCGAAGGGCGACCAUCAGCUGCAGUACACCAAGGCAGUCAUUUCCAAGCCAGCUCCGCAGUUCGAGGGCACCGCCGUGGUUAAUAAGGAGAUUGUGAAGCUAUCAUUGUCCCAGUAUCUAGGGAAAUAUGUGGUGCUACUCUUCUACCCACUGGACUUCACCUUUGUAUGCCCAACGGAGAUCAUUGCCUUCUCCGACCGCAUCGCCGAGUUCAAGAAGAUCAAGACCGAGGUGAUUGGCGUCAGCGUGGACUCGCACUUCACCCACUUGGCCUGGAUAAACACGCCGCGCAAGGAGGGCGGCCUGGGCGACGUGAAGAUCCCACUGCUCUCCGAUCUAACGCAUAAGAUCAGCAAGGACUACGGAGUCUACUUGGAGUCCAGCGGUCAUGCGCUGCGCGGUCUCUUCAUUAUCGAUCAGACCGGAGUGCUGCGACAGAUCACCAUGAAUGAUUUGCCCGUGGGACGCUCUGUGGACGAGACUAUUCGUCUGGUUCAGGCCUUCCAGUAUACGGACACCCAUGGAGAGGUUUGCCCAGCAGGUUGGCGGCCAGGUGCCGAUACGAUCGUUCCCAAUCCUGAGGAGAAGACGAAGUACUUUGCCAAGAACAACUAGGGACAGAUAGAGAUGCACAUUACCUUAGUAGCCUAGCCCAGUUACAUUCCUAAUGUUCACGACUGAAUCACGAUGCAAACGAACAAUCGCUAGAGUCCUCUGUACAGAAAAUCCAAAUCCGCAAUGCCACCGAUUGUGAAUAUUUCGCAUUUGCUUUGUACAAAACAUAGUUUGUUUAUUUUACAGCAUAACUGAGAUAUAAAUAAAUUCAUGAAGUAC